UCUUCUUCCCACGGUUUGGUUCUCAAUCCCAAAGUCUGGUCCUUUCUUGCGUUUACUCUGAUGGAAAGCGAGGACAUCAACGGCGAUGAUACACGGCGAGCGGAAUCAGAAAUUGGCGGCAACGAGAGGGCAUUGCAAGCGCUUCGAGAACUCAUCGUCUUCCCUUUCCGCUACCCUCUCGAAGCUCGAACUCUUGGUCUCAAAUGGUCUAGAGGGUUGCUCCUGGACGGCCCUCCUGGAACCGGAAAGGUAGACUCUUCUACAGCGCUUGAGUUUUUUUUUUUCAGACAAAAAGUGUGUUGGGUACAUCAAAGUUGUAUACUGAGCUCAAAGUGUGUUGGGUUCAUCAAAGCUAUGAACUUGUGUAUAGAGGAGAGCAAGAUGUUCGUAUUGCUUCGCAGCUCUUUACACUCAUGGACUCAAACAAGCCUUCAUCAUCUCCACCAAGAGUUGUUGGUGGAUGCAAUUGACCCAGCGCUAAGAAGGGCGGGACGGUUUGAUACCUUAGUUGAAGUGAGCACGCCUAAUGAGGAGGAUCGUUUCAAAAUCCUGCUGCUGUACACGAAGAAACUCAGUUUAGAUCCUAGUGUUGAUCUCCAAGCCAUAGCAACAUCUUGCAACGGUUAUGUUGGAGCAGAUUUGGAAGCUUUAUGUCGUGAAGCGACCAUGUGCGCAAGCAAAAGAUCAGCAGAUUCUCUUAUCCUAACACUGCAAGACUUCAAGGUUGCAAAAUCUGUGGUUGGUCCAAGUUUAACAAGAGGCAUCACAGUUGACAUCCCUAAAGUGACAUGGGACGACGUUGGUGGCCUUAAAGAUUUAAAGAAAAAGCUCCAGCAAGCUGUUGAAUGGCCAAUCAAACACUCAGCUGCAUUUACAAAAAUGGGCAUUUCACCGAUGCGUGGAAUACUCCUCCACGGUCCUCCAGGUUGCUCAAAGACAACUCUUGCUAAAGCCGCUGCAAAUGCUGCUCAAGCUUCCUUCUUUUCCUUAAGCUGUGCGGAGCUAUUUUCAAUGUAUGUUGGAGAAGGAGAAGCAUUGUUACGGAAUAUGUUUCAAAGAGCUAGACUUGCUGCACCAAGUAUAAUAUUCUUUGAUGAAGCUGAUGUUGUCGCUUGUAAAAGAGGUGAAGAGGGCUCCUCGAGCAAUAGUUCAACAGUUGGAGAAAGACUUCUAUCUACACUCUUAACCGAAAUGGAUGGUCUUGAAGAAGCCAAGGGAAUUCUUGUCUUGGCUGCCACAAACCGCCCUUAUGCAAUUGAUGCAGCACUAAUGCGACCUGGUAGAUUUGAUCUCGUGAUGUACGUGCCACCGCCUGAUGUAGAAGCUCGGUUAGAGAUACUGCAAGUGCAUAACGCAACAUGAGGCUAGGAGAGGACGUUGAUCUCAGAAGAAUCGCAGAGGAAACAGAGCUCUUUACUGGAGCAGAGCUGGAGGGUCUGUGCAGAGAAAGCGGAACAGUGUCGCUUAGAGAAGACUUUGCAGCAACGGGUGUGUUCUGUAAGAGAUAUGAGAAUCAUGUGUGAAUAUUCUCUUCUCCAUUGUUUUAGGAAACUAACUCAUGUAUAUAAACACUACUUGUAUCAUUCUUAUUAUUCAAUAUAAUCACAACCUUUACAUGGUA